CAAACCCACCCUCUCUCAUAUCAAACCCUAGACCUACCAAUGGCCCGCACAAAGCAAACAGCACGCAAAUCAACUGGCGGCAAGGCACCGAGGAAGCAACUCGCCACCAAGGCAGCCCGGAAGUCGGCCCCGGCCACCGGUGGGGUGAAGAAGCCCCACCGCUUCCGCCCUGGCACCGUCGCGCUCCGGGAGAUCCGGAAGUACCAGAAGUCCACAGAGCUCCUGAUUAGGAAGCUCCCGUUCCAGAGGCUGGUGAGAGAGAUCGCCCAGGACUUCAAGACCGAUCUGAGGUUCCAGAGCUCUGCCGUGGCUGCUUUGCAGGAGGCGGCCGAGGCGUACUUGGUGGGAUUGUUCGAAGAUACCAAUUUGUGCGCUAUUCAUGCGAAGAGGGUGACUAUUAUGCCCAAGGAUAUUCAGCUGGCGAGGAGGAUUAGGGGCGAGCGUGCUUGAUUUUUGAGGGCUUGGAAAAUUAUGGGUUCGUUAAUGGUGUGUAUAGAUGACGUGUUAGGGCUUCUGGUUUCUAGGGUUUCGUUUGUACCUGUGCUUCGACUUCGAUGACCUCUGUCGUUGAGUUAGUUAUCAAAUUAUCCUGAAUGAAAUUGUGCUGUUUCUUUUA